UACGAAAACACACAAGCUGACAUGGGUGGAAGCUAGGGAAAGCUGUUGGUCCAAGGAUGCCUUCUUGGCUGCAAUUACGUCUAUUUAUUCUUAUGGGCGUAGGGAGGCUGCAUGCAUAAAGGAAACACUGAUUAACUGGAAUAAUAAAGAUUCACCUCCGUAUAUUAACCAUGAACGGCAGCAAUACAUAUACGCAGCUGCUGGCUACUUAGCUAUAUUCGUUGCUACAAGGAUGUCCAGAUUAAAAACCAAAAAAUGCUUGGGACAUGAGAAAGAAAGGAAGAUGGCGGCGAAAUUGAUGUGGAUCGUAGCAACCGACUUCUGCUGCUGGGUUCCAGUAAUAAUCAUGGGAUUUCUAACCUAUUACAAGGUACAGCUGCCAGGAGAAAUUGUUGCAUAUGUAAGUAUAUUUGUGUUGCCAAUCAACAGCGCUAUCAACCCAAUACUCUACACAUUUAGCACACUUCCCUUGAACGUACUACGGCUAAAAUGCAAGUGUAGAUCAGCACCUGAGCCAACACAGACGCCAAACCCAACUUCAACAAAUGAUUCAGUUAUAGCAGCCACAACAAGCACUAAACGUUGAGUGUUAAGAUCGAAGAAAUAGAACUAUCAAAGGAAACGAGGUGAUGAAUUAUGAAUACCAGCAUGUAACAAUUGUGUGUAUAUCCUAACGAUCGAACUAUCAGUCUAAAGAAACAAAGCUGAUAAAUUAUGAACAAUAGAAUGUAAUAUUUGUGUAUAUAUCUAAGUGAAUGAGCUUUCAGUCAAAAAGGGAUGUAUUAUGGACACUAGGAUUUACCAUUUGUGUAUGUAUCCAAGUGAUUGAACCAUGAGUUAAAUGAAACGAGGUGAUGAAUUAUGAACACUGGCAUGUACAAUUUUUGUAUAUAUCUAAGCGAUUGAACUAUCAGCAAA